GCCAUUUAAGAAUCCACGUCUGGACUUCCCGCGCUUUGCACUUCUCUUUCGCUCUUGGGCGUCUGGGCCACUUUUAAUCAUUGAUUAGUUCUGUCGUAACACAAAUGAGCCACAUUCUCGUCAAAUGGGCAACGGCUGAGGCGUGGGACGUGUACCCCACAAGAAAGAUCACCGAUGUCGCGACGGCAACAGAAAUUAUGACUGAUCCGACUGUAGUGGAGACGCUUGCGGGACGCACAUUCAUGGUAACUUGGAAGGACAAGGAACCCCCAGCAGAAGCCUAUAUUAUAGCUGCAGGAGAACUAUCAAAAAUGGAGCGGCGUCGAAACAGGUUGGCAGCGCGAGCAUCGACCCAGGCAUCACAGCAGGUCAACUGCUGCAACCACGUUGACCAAGUAAAAGACCUGCAGAAACGGAACGAAGACCUUGAACGGAAGGUUGCGGAGCAGCAAGACAUGAUAGACUUACAAAGAACAGUGAGAACACUGAAGCGUAUCGUGAGGAACAUAAAAAGCCCAGGAGAGAGCACCACACGCGAGCCUACCAUGGUUGACUUGGGGGACGGUGUCAUGGUUCCAGAAUCCACCCUCGCACGUCUAGAACAAACCUACAGAGGCUCAGCAUGCCGUUUUGCACGUGCGCUGUUGAGGGUGCUCUUCACGGAAGAAGAAUUGAAGAAAAAGAGUCUCUUUGGAAAGCCCGCCAACAAUGGGAAGGGGCAGGAACAAAAAGAUGCCCUGGACCCAAGGCGUGUAAAAGCAGUUCUUGGAAAGACUUGCUCAGUGUUCCAGUGUUCUGAUGCGCCAAUAAAAAGGACCCUAAGCUCCCUCCUUCAAAAACAGAACAAGAAAUACGAAGAAGUGGAAAGCCCCUAGGGGGGGCAAUGCCCCCAACACAGCCCCCAACUGCCCAU